AGGGCCUCACACUGACAGGAACGUCACACGGCGCUUCAGAGGCCCUGAGAGCGGACACCGGACACAGAGAUCUCAGGAUGGCCUUCAUGUUGAGACAGAGCGCCCGAGGCCUCCCCGCGGCGUCCAGAUACGGCGUCAGAUGCCUCAGCGGCUCGGCCCCCGUGCUGGCUCCAGCCGUCCAGACCAAAAGCAAGAAGACUUUGGCCCGGCCGGGCGUGAAGAAUGUCGUCGUGGUUGACGGCGUCCGCACCCCGUUUCUGCUCUCGGGAACCACAUACGCAGACUUAAUGCCGCAUGACCUGGCCAGGACCGCGCUGCAGGGUUUGCUGAAUCGUACGAACGUUCCCCGCGAGGUCGUUGAUUAUAUCGUGUACGGGACGGUUAUCCAAGAAGUGAAGACGAGCAACGUGGCGCGUGAGGCGGCUCUCGGGGCCGGAUUUUCCGAUAAAACCCCGGCUCACACCGUCACCAUGGCCUGUAUCUCCUCCAACCAGGCAAUGACUACAGCGGUGGGUCUGAUUGCCUCCGGCCAGUGUGACGUGGUGGUGGCCGGCGGCGUGGAGUUCAUGUCGGAUGUUCCCAUUCGCCACAGCCGGAAGAUGAGGAAGACUAUGCUGGGUCUGAACAAGGCCAAGACCUUGGGUCAGAGGCUUUCCAUGAUCUCCAGGAUCCGGCCCGAUUACUUUGCCCCGGAGCUCCCGGCGGUGGCCGAGUUCUCGACCAGCGAGACGAUGGGGCACUCUGCGGACAGGCUGGCCGCCGCGUUCUCCGUGUCUCGCGUGGAGCAGGAUGAAUACGCUCUGCGCUCGCACAACCUGGCCAAGAAAGCGCAAGACGCCGGCCACCUGUCUGAUGUCAUCGCCUACAAAGUGCCAGGCAAAGCGACGGUUGACAAAGAUAACGGGAUCCGUCCGUCGUCGAUGGAGCAGAUGGCGAAACUGAAACCUGCGUUCGUCAAACCGCACGGCACCGUCACGGCAGCGAACUCCUCCUUCCUGACGGACGGAGCCUCGGCGGUGCUGAUCAUGUCAGAGGAGAAGGCCCUGGCGAUGGGUUACAAGCCCAAGGCGUACCUCCGGGACUUCGUGUACGUGUCUCAGGACCCCAAGGACCAGCUGCUUCUGGGCCCGACCUAUGCGACGCCCAAAGUUCUGGAGCGAGCCGGACUGUCCCUGGCCGACAUCGACGUCUUCGAGUUCCACGAGGCGUUUGCUGGGCAGAUCGUGGCCAACCUAAAAGCCAUGGAGUCCGACUGGUUUGCGGAGAAUUACAUGGGACGGAAAACCAAGGUCGGGGCCCCGCCGCUGGAGAAGUUUAAUACGUGGGGCGGAUCUCUGUCGCUGGGACACCCGUUCGGAGCCACCGGCUGCCGCCUCGUCAUGGCCGCCGCUCACAGGCUUAAGAAGGAAGGAGGGCAGUACGGCCUUGUGGCUGCGUGUGCGGCAGGAGGGCAGGGUCACGGGAUGAUCGUAGAAGUUUAUCCUCACUGAUUUCCCGGCCGUUGCCGCCGGCGAUGCACUAAAUGCCUUAAAGUCUCUUUCCGGCUAAGAAAACAUUGCAGUUCUGUAAAUAUUUUUUAGUCGCCUCGUCUGCAAUCUGGAGUAAAUAACAUUUGUAUUUGGGGGGGGGGGGGACUGGCACUAACACCCCCCCGCUCCCCGCAUAAUCUUACCACCCUCCUGUUAACCCUUUUAUAGGAAGUAAGUUUGUAUGCGGGGGCGACUGGCUACGAUGUGCUCAACGCUCAUAAGCGAGUUAUUACACUGCGUACUAUGACCCAGAGCACACGCCUGGCACACGCGUGUGUAUUCACUGUGCGGCUCCCCCACCCGGGCAGGAUGUUCACUGGUGGGGUUUCAGCUUUAAUAAAUGUGAACGUUACGCCUGU